AUGGAAUGGGGGAACUGGAAGUUUAUUGUCGAGGAGCGUGACGAGCUCGGCUCCGACGACGCAUUCUGGGAGGUCUACAGCAACGAGAAUGGAGAGCGGCUGCGCUAUCAGCAAAUCCUCGACAAGCUCAAGGCAAGACGGGCGGAUCAGAGUGCUUGCGAUGCCGCCGCCGCUCACUCGUAUUUCGAUGGGAAUCUUGAACGAGCGGAUGCGAAUGGUGCAUUCCGAUACCACAAGCGUGGCGUGUGGUACACGCACUCGAAGGACACUGACAUCGCGAAGCAUUGGAGGUCUCUCCUGAAGAACAGCCUGGAGAUCGCGCACAGCUGGGCAUCGAUGCAGGUCAUGUCGGUGCCCUCUGCAAGCAGCAGCGUGAACAUGGGCGCGAACGCGCGCGCCGCCGCCUGA